AACUGGGAUUUGAUGAGCAGGCAGAAGAGCUCCCACGCCGCAGCAAAGUGAUUUCCGAAGAAAUUAUCUACCCAGCACUUUAUUCAGAUGCCGCCAAGGAAGAAGUGGGACAAAGAGGUGAUGAAAUCUGCAAUAACAGCUGUCAGAAACAAGGAAAUGGGGUAUAAAGCUGCGAGUAAGACAUUUAGUGUGCCUAGGGCAACUCUCAAGGAUUACAUAAAGAAAGGAGAAGGUAAAAGUGCUGAAGAGUUAAUUGAAAAACGUAUAGGUCAAAAACCAGUUUUUUCACAAGAGUUAGAGGCUGAAUUAGUUUCCUACUGCAAAGAAAUGGAAAAAAGCUAUUAUGGCCUCACACUCGAUGAUCUCUGAAGAAUGGCCUUCCAGCUGGCUUUAAGAAACAAUGUAGCUCACCCAUUCUCAUCUGACAAUAAAGCAGCUGGAUGGAAGUGGCUACGUCUGUUUCUGCAGAGGAACCCGACACUAUCUGCACGGAAGCCACAAGCCAUGUCCUUAGCUAGAGUGCAAGGUCUCAAUGAGGAGAGUGUCAACCUUUUUUUCUCCAUUUUGAAGCCGGAAUUAGAAAAAAUAAAGUUUAAUCCACUCAAGGUGUUCAAUGUGGAUGAAACGGGCAUCACAGUGGUGCAGCAUAAAGUGAGGAAGAUCGUCGCAAUGAAAGGGAAGAAGUCGGUGCACAAACUGUCGGCAGAAAGAGGUGCACUCGUGACGGUUGUUAUGUGCAUGUCAGCAUCAGGUUCAUUUGUGCCUCCUCUUAUGAUUUUUCCGAGAAAGCUGAUGAAGAACGAACUCAUGGAUGGAGCUCCACCAGGGGCAAUAGGAGCAGCAAAUGAGUCUGGGUGGAUCACCAGUGAUCUUUUUGAAAAGUGGUUUCAACAUUUCAUUUCAAUUGUGAAGCCAUCAAAGGAAGAUCCUAUUGUGCUGAUAUUGGAUGGACACUAUUCACAUUCUUGCAAUUUGAAUCUCUUAAACCUUGCUUGUGAUAAUGGUGUUCCCAUAGUCUGCUUGCCUCCUCACUCCACUUCAAAAUUGCAGCCUCUUGAUGUUUCAUUCAUGUUCCCUUUCAAAACAUAUUAUGCACAGGCAAUAGAAAAUUGGCUGUCUAACUAUCCUAACCGGGUUGUUUGUAACCUCCAGAUUGCUCAGCUAUUUAAUGAAGCCUAUGCAAAGGCAGAAGUUGUGAAAACUGCUGUCAAUGGUUUUAAGAAAACUGGGAUUCUGCCUUACAACCCGAAUGUGUUUGGCCCAGAAGACUUUUUGGCAACACCACCUGCUGAAGCAUCCUCAGCUCCUGAACCAUCUGCAAAAAGUCAACCCUCAACAAGCACAGACAUACGACCUGCCUCUCCAUCCGAUCAACCUUCAUGCAGCACACAGAUACCACAGUUAACAACAGUUAGCCCAAGAGAUAUUGUAGGAGUACCUGUUAUUCAUCCAUCCACAUCUAAGCGACGAGGCAAUGCUGCUCUUCUUACCAGCUCACCUUACAAGAAGAAACUACAAGACAGUAAAGAGAAAAUCGAUCUUAAA